AUGUUGGUAAGUUAAGUGAAGCAAACACAAAUAAGUUACAAUAAGUUUACUAUGUAAAAGAUAUGUUUCGACAAGCUGUUGGCUGAAAUUUUGGAAAAUUUGUGAUUUGAUUACAAACGUAAAAUAUUGGAACGGUAUUUACGAAAAGGUCAGACAAACGGUACCAUUUUAAGCUAUGGUACUACAAAUACGGUUUUCUACCGUCAUGGUACUAUAUUAUGCCAUCACAAUUUUCAAAGAAGCUAUCCUAGUAAUUUACCAUUCUAAUUCUCGUUUAGGCUACAUUACUACAUCAUUAUACUUCAUACUCUUUACUACUGUUCCGGUAUAAAAUAAUAUCGUCAUAUAGUACCGCAAUAUCGUACCCUAAUCUAAACAACAACAACCCAUAAUAACACAGACAUGACUUUAUAAGCAAAAUGUGAACAAAUCCUCAAGUACACAACAAUAUUUACCUAUUAUGUAACUUGCCAUACACUAUUCAGCUCAUCAACAACGUAAGACCAGUAUGUCAUACAAGUUAAAAGAAGAGUAAUACCAAUAGUCUUAAAUUUAAAUCAACGCACAACCUUUUAUUGCCUUACACUUAUACAAUUAUCAUUUCUUUUUACAAUUGUAAAUGCAAAUUGUUAUUGCCAAACAAUUAUUAUUUUCAUAAAACAUUCAUGUAAAAGGAAGGUACGUUAAUUUUGACAAUAACCCAAGUCAUGAGGCAUCUUUGCAAAUAUAACAUUAUAUAUAUUAUAACUGUAAUCCGAUUUUAUGAAUUUAUACGUAAUUAAUAAAAUUAUUAAGAAAAUAAGAUAAGAUUACGCCUAUCUCUAACAUUAAGUCUAACGUGAGCAAGACUAAAGAAAGAAAGCCUAAACCUAAGCCUGAGCCAAAGCCUAAGACAUAGUCGGAGCUGAAGACUGAGCCAAAGACUAAGCCUGAGCCAAAGCUUGAGUCUAAGCCUAAGCCAAAGCCUAAGCCUGAGCCAAAGCUAGAGCCUAAGCUUAAGCUUAAGCCUAAGCCUAAGCCUAAGCCUAAGCCUAAGCCUAAGCCUAAGCCUAAUCCUAAUCCUAAGCCUAAGCCUAAGCGAAAGCCAAAGCCUGAGCCUAAGCCUGAGCCUAAGCCAAAGCCAAAGCCAAAGUCAAAGCCUAAGCCUAAGCCUAAGCCUGAGCCUAAGUCUAAGCCUAAGCCUCAACGAAAGUCAAAGCCUAGACCUAAGCGUUAA